AUGCUUUUGUCUGUGAAUGGUGAACAAAACAAAAAAACUGAUGAAAAUAUCUGUGGUAUAAUUACGCAUAUACUUUGUAUUAAAGAUCUACUUACAAAUAUUACCACAGCAGCAAAAGAUAUUCGUAAAACCGCGAUUGAACUUGAACAAAAAAUUUUUCAACAAGAUCAAACUAAACUUCGUCUUUUAACAAAUAUCCAAGAUAAAAGAGCAAUAUUACGUUCAACUUUUCCUACAUCAGAUUAUCAUUUGCAAUUAUUAACAAUGAAUAAUAUUGAUAAAGAAGAUUUUAUUCACUUAAUUAAAGAACAGUAUUUUGCUAUUGGUUAUUUAUAUAAUUCUUUGCAAAAUUUACGUUAUAUUCAAAGUACAUUAGGCAAACAAUUUGAUAAUUUAUUUAAUCAAACUCAAACCAUUUUACAAAAAGAUAUCUUAUGUAAUUAUAUGAAUAUUUUACGUGUUUAUUCAGAAAAUUGGUCAACAAUUGAUCAAAUAAAUGGUAUUGAUAUAACAGAAACACAAAUGCAUGAGUUAUCAUCAUUGGAAUAUAAUAGUUAUUUGAUUAUUAUUGUUCAAUUAAUAAGCAAAUGGAUGCGAUGUAUCAAAGAUGUUAUUGAUACUCUUGAAUAUAAACUUAUUUAA